AUGGCGCUGACUCAACUGGAUGAAGGAGUGCACGGGACUGUGCGCUCUGGCGAUGGCUCGCGCAUUGAGAUCCAUGGUGUUGGAUCGGUGGUGAUGCAAGGUCACCAACAGCAACACAAGGUACUAACUGACGUCUACUACAUCCGUAAACUAAAAAGCAAUAUUGUGAGUUUGGGUCAGUUAGAAGAGAAGGGGUUUAAGGUCACUCUGGAAGAUGGCAAGCUAUGUGUGUUUGAUCAAGAACAUGCUCCGUUGAUUUCUUCUCCUAGAACUGCUAAUAGGUUGUAUACUGUCAAGUUUGGUUUAGUUUCACUAGUAUGCCUAUUAGCAAAGUCUGAUGAUGAAGCAUGGCGUUGGCAUGCAAGAUUUGGCCACAUGAAAUUUACAGCUUUGAGGAAUCUUAGCUGCAAGGGCAUGGUAGAGGGUAUGCCAAUAGUGAACAGAGUAGAACAAGUAUGUGAUGGCUGUGUUCUUGGUGAACAACAUAGAGUUCCUUUUCCUCAAGCUUCAAAUUAUAGGGCAAAUAAGGGUUUAUAG